CUGGCUGAUUUCUGCAUAAGGUUGUUUGCGUACAGUCUUAAAUCAAGCGCUCUCGUGAUUGAGAUCAGACAUCUGAAAGUACUUCCGGAUUGCAUGUUCUUCGGGGAGCUCGUGCUCGCGCAUUCACACGUCUUUUAAUAAUGGAAAGCACCAUGAGCUUGAUGGCUGACACGGUUGCAAGCACACCGAGAGAGUGUGAUCAUGGGGAAGUUGAAUACCAUGAGGAACAGAACCCAUUCACAGAAUUCUGCAAGUUUUUGUAUGAGCAUUUCCAUAUGGCAGACAAAUGGUCAGAAAUCAAGCUGUUUCGAGUCAAGCAUCCAAUCUGCAGUGUUUACCUCAUCGUAACCUUGGGAUUGAUCGCGGUCCCAGUGGCAACCUUCAUGGUGUUUGUGGUUAGCAGUCUGAUCUUCACUUUCCUGGGGUUUCUCUUCUUUGAAGGCACAUUGCUGGCGAUUGGAACGGUGAUUCUUGGCUUUGUCCUGCUGUUUGUUGGAAUGUGUGCCAUUGGUGUCAGUUGUUUCCUUGUUGGAGGCUUCUAUGCACUGCAGUUUGGGAGGCAGUUUCUUGUUGGACUCCGAGAGAAACUUCAUUCAGUAUUAAAUGAUGGAAAGGGGAUUGAAAAAGAGGAGUAGAAUUAUGUGAAAAAAUAAUCAUUGUAAUAGUAAGUAAUGGAAUUGAUUAAAACAUUGGAAGAAUUAUAUUGUUAUGUUAAUGAGAUAACUUGUUAAAAUGAAAUAUAUUUUAUGCUGGACGACUUCUUACAAAAGGAUGAUGUUUUUUUAUGCCCCCGGUAUGGUGGCAAAUAGCACUUGAACUGUCCAUCAGUCCGUCUGUCAGUCUAUCAGUCUGUGCGUCCGUCCGAAAACUUAAACAUGGGCCAUAACUUUUGCAAUAUUGAAGAUGGCAACUUGAUAUUUGACAUGCAUGUGUAUCUCGUGAAGAUGCACAUUUUGAGUGGUGGAAGGUCAUGGUCAUCCUUCAAGGUCAAAAGUAAAAAAAUCCAAUCCAAGGGAAGUAAUAAGCUUUAAAAGGGAGAUAAUUUCUAAACCUGCCAAACGAUAUAUUGAAAUUUUAUUUCAAAGCGGCGUUAUAGGGGGCAUUGUUUUUCUGACAAACACAUCUCUUGUUGUACAUGUAUUCGGAAAGAGUAUCUGUAAAGAUGAUGUUUUCAUUAAGAUAUUGUAUCUAUUACUUACUAUGAUGAGUUUUAAUGCUGAGGAGUUUAAUGAAAAUGAUUAUUUGCACUAUUAGAAGUAUAUAAUGAGACAUAUAUUUUAUGAAAUGUAAAAUUGUUUUGUGUGCUAUUAGACUGGCAAUAUUAUGAUUUUAUACUAUCAUGUUCCAACAAAAUUGCAAAAAAAACGAAUGACUUUGUUAUAUGUACAAGUAUACACAUUGCAAUAAAUAAAUCAAUAUAAAUCAUGCCCUGAUUAUGUAGAUACUGAUGAAGUGGGAUUCUUUUCACAUAAGAAACAAGAUUCAAAAUUGUUUUUGUUGUUUUGUCUUGUUGUUAAUUCUUUAAGAUAAUGUUUUAAUAUUCUUUAAACUAUGUUGUUUGAUAUGUUGUGUUUAUAUUAGGUUGUUGGAUAUUUAGAUAUAUGCGGUGUUAAAAUUUCAUUAUUUUUAGCUCAUCUAUUUUUUGAAAAAAAAUUAUGAGCUAUUGUCAUCACCUUGGCGUCGGUGUCGGCGUCCGGUUAAGUUUUGCGUUUAGGUCCACUUUUCUCAUAAAGAAUCAAUGCUAUUGCAUUUAAACUUGGUACACUUACUUACUAUCAUGAGGGGACUGGGCAGGCAAAGUUAGAUAACUCUGGCUUGCAUUUUGACAGAAUUAUGUGCCCUUUUUUAACUAAGAAAAUUGAAAAUUUUGGUUAAGUUUUGUGUUUCGGUCCAUUUUAUUCCUUAAGUAUCAAAGCUAUUGCUUUCAUACUUGCAACACUUACUAACUAUCUUAAGGGGACUGUGCAGGCAAAGUUAUGUAACUCUGACUGGCAUUUUGACAGAAUUAUGUGCCCUUUUUAUACUUAGAAAAUUGAAAAUUAGGUUAAGUUUUGUGUUUAGGUCCACCUUUUUCCUAAAGUAUCAAAGCUAUUGCUUUCAUACUUGCAACACUUACUAACUAUCGUAAGGGGACUGUGCAGGCAAAGUUAUGUAACUCUGACUGGCAUUUUGACGGAAUUAUGGGCCCUUUAUACUUGAAAAUUUGGUUAAUUUUUGUGUUAUGGUCCACUUUACCCCUAAAGUAUCAUAGAUAUUGCUUUCAUAAUUGGAACACUCGCAAACUAUCAUAAGGGGACAGUAAAGGACAAGUUGCAUAACUCUGGUUGUCAUUUUUACGGAAUUAUGGCCCUAUUUUGACUUAGUAACUUUGAAUAUAUGGUUACAUUUUGUGUUUAGAUCCACUUUUCUUCUAAAGUAUUAAGGCUAUUGCUUUUAAACUUCAAAUACUUUCAUGCUAUCAUGAGGGUACUGUACCUGGCAAGUUGAAUUUUACCUUGACCUUACAAUGACCUUGACUGUCAAGGUCAAAUUAUUAAAGUUUGCUAAAAUUGCCAUAACUUCUUUAUUUAUGAUUAAAUUCGAUUGAUACUUUGACAAAACAACUCUUACCUGACAUACCACAAUUGACUCCACCCAAACCAUCCCCCACGCCCCCUCCCUCCCGAAUUCCCCCUCAAUCCCCCCUCCAUUAUUUUUUUUUUAAAGAUCAUCUAAUAAAUGACCACCACACUCUCACACUAUACCCCCCAAACCCCCACCCCAAAAAAAUAAUUUUUAUGCCCCCGUUAGGGUGGCAUAUAGCAGUUGAACUGUCCGUCAGUAUGUCAGUCCGAAAAAAACUUUUACAUUUACUUUUUCACUUUUGAAGAUAGCAACUUGAUAUUUGUUAUGCAUGUGUAUCUCAUGGAGCUGCACAUUUUGAGUGGUGAAAGGUCAAGGUCAAGGUCAUCUUUCAAGGUCAAAUGUCAAAUUUAUGGUGUCUGUCUGUCCGAAAACUUUAACAUUGGCCAUAACUUUUUCAAUAUUGAAGAUAGCAACUUGAUAUUUGGCAUGCAUGUGUAUCUCAUGGAGCUGAACAUUUUGAGUGGUGAAAGGUGAAGGUCAAGGUCAUCCAUCAAGGUCAAAUGUCAAAUAUAUGGCGUCUGUCCGUCCAAAAACUUUAACAUUGGCCAUAACUUUUUUAAUAUUGAAGAUAGCAACUUGAUAUUUUGCAUGCAUGUGUAUCUCAUGAAGCUGCACAUUUUGAGUGCUGGAAGUUCAAGGUCAAGGUCAUCCUUAAAGGUAAACAAAAAAAAUAUAAAAAAUUUCAAAGCGGCGUUCUCAUGAAGCUGCACAUUUUGAGUGGUGGAAGUUCACGGUCACGGUCAUCCUUCAAGGUCAAGGUCAUCCUAAAAGGUAAAAAAAAAAUAAUUCAAAGCGGCGUUCUCAUGAAGCUGCACAUUUUGAAUGGUGGAAGUUCAAGGUCAAGGUCAUUCUUCAAGGUCAAGGUCAUCCUUUAAGGUCAAAGGUAAAAAACAAUAAUUUCAAAUGGCGUUAUCAUGAAGCUGCACAUUUUGAGUGGUGGAAGUUCAAGGUAAAGGUCAUCCUUCAAGGUCAAGGUCAUCCUUCAAGGUCAAAGGUCAAAAAAAAAAAAAAAAAAAAUCAAAGCGGCGUUAUCAUAAAGCUGCACAUUUUGAGUGGUGGAAGUUCAAGGUCAAGGUCAUCCUUCAAGGUAAAAAAAAUCAAAGCAGCGUUCUCAUGAAGCUGCACAUUUUGAGUGGUGAAAGUUCAAGGUCAAGGUCAUCCUUCUAGGUCAAGGUCAUCCUUCAAGGUCAAAGGUCAAUUUUUUUUAAAUAAAAUUUCAAAGCGGCGUUCUCAUGAAGCUGCACAUUUUGAGUGGUGGAAGUUCAAGGUCAAGGUCAUUCUUCAAGGUCAAGGUCAUCCUUCAAGGUCAAAGGUCAAAAUAACAAUUUCAAAGUGGUGUUAUCAUGAAGCUGCACAUUUUGAGUGGUGAAAGUUCAAGGUCAAGGUCAUCCUUCAAGAUCAAGGUCAUCCUUCAAGGUCAAAGGUAUUUUUUUAAUUUCAAAGCGGCGUUGUCAAAAAGCUGCACAUUUUGAGUGGUGGAAGUUCAAGGUCAAGGUCAUCCUUCAAGGUCAAAGGUAACAAUUUUUUUUUUUAAUUUCAAAGCAGCACAAUAGGGGGCAUUGUGUUUCUGACAAACACAUCUGUUGUUUUUUUCAAACAUGGUUAAAAAACACAAUAUUUAUUUUUAUUAUUUUAUUUUUGAAAUGCCGUCCAACCAUCCCACACAAGAAACCCCCUCCCCCCCCAAAAAAAUAAAAAAAAUAUUUUUUUGCAUUUUUUUGGCAUUUUUGGAAGAUAAUGUAAUAAAUUACCACACCCCCACACUAUACACCCCUCUCCACUCCACCCCUCCCUCCUUUGUGAUUGAAAUUGAGAUAGGUCCCUACACCUUUAAAAAGAAAAAUAGAUGAGCGGUCUGCACCUGCAAGGCGGUGCUCUUGUUAUAAAUAUUGUUAUGUGUUUCUUCAACUGGUUACUCUUUUUUUAUGACCCCUGGUACUGAUGCAGAGAAGCAUAUUGCGAUUGGCUUUUCUGUUCGGUUGUCUGUCCAUUUGAGGUUAACCUUAAGUGACAUGUUUUGCCUCAUAUCAAAAAUGCUUCUAGUUAAGCUUUCAUGAAUGAUAUCUUUGAACACUGGUUACAACCACCUCAGGUGACCUCAUUUUGACCUAAACAUUGAGCUAUGUUUGGACUAUGGUUAAUUCAUAAGGUGAAAUCUUGGUUAAACCUAAUCUAGAAGGUCAAAUACUUGAUUUAACAGGAAUGACAUGUUUCCUCUUAGAUAAGUACCUAUUGCUGCAAAGCAUGGAUGUUAUCUAUGACCACCCUCAAUACAUCCAAAUCAUCUUACAUAAUUUUGACCUUGACAUUGAACUAUAUUUGAACCAAGACUUCUAUUGGCAAAAUUAACCAAUACUGACACGACUUCCAACAGGGCAUAUGUGUUUAUUUUAAGCAGCAUCUUGUUUUAAUACCGGUAUGAGUGUGACAUGGGAAAAAAUCGCAUAUUUGUGUACCUUUUGUGGGUUUUUUUGGUAAAUAUAACCGUGAGUUUGCAUGACAUAAUACUAUCUUUUUAAAUUAAUAGUUUAUGAAAUGUAUUUUAUAUAUGUCUAUGCAAAUAUAUUGUUAUUGUUACAAAAUUGAGGGAAUAAAAUAGAAGUUUUG